AUGGACGGAGCAGCGGUUUUGGUUCUGAUGCUGUCAGCAAUAACAGUGUUCUUGGUUGGUGUGGAGAGCCAGGCUAGGACGUGUUACUUCGGUCCCCCACCGGAACCGGAUCCUGAUAAUCCGGAUCACUGGAUGAAGCAAGUCAUGCAAGAGAUACGGAAGCGUUGUCCGGGAAGGAGGAAUACUACCCAUGCUAGUAUGGGGAAUCCUAUCCCAAGUACUAGGUGGAAACCUUCUCCAGCAGGUACGGAAGAACCUACCGCAGCUGGUACGGAAGAACCUACCCCUGCCGGUACGGAAGAAUCUACUCCAGCCACUAUGGAAGGACCUACCUCAGCCGGUACGAAAGAACCUACCGCAGCCAAAACGGAAGAAUCUACUCCAGCCGGGAAACCGACGCCAACUACAAAAGCCGAGUGUGAUAGUACAGAGCCCCUUGGUAUGGAGGACGGGACAAUCCAAGACAGUCGCAUCAGUGUGCCCAGUAUUCACGGUCCUUGUUGCCGUGCCAGGGCAGCACGUCUUCACAACAAUAAAGCAUGGGGACCCUCGAGCCCAGCCAAUUCCUGGAUCGAGGUGGACCUCGUUGAAGGUAAAGUAGUGUCUGGAGUCAUCACACAAGGCUUCGAUGAGGCUUAUGUGACGCAGUACAAAGUGGCAUAUAAGACGCAGCCUUCAUCUGAAUAUGAACACGUUAGAGAUGGAAACGGAAAUGUCAAGGUGUUCACCGGUAACACUGAUGACCACACCCCGGUCACUAACCAGUUUGAUGAGAGUGUGGUGGCGACGAUAGUGCGCAUUGAGCCUACUGCAUGGGAUGUUUGGGUUGCUCUGCGAUUGGAGUUGCUCGGAUGUAGCCUUAACUAAUACACCUGUAGCACAGAAUAGGAUUGUAAUUAUCCUUUUGUUUUGUU